UACUGGGGUACAGUCUCGGCUGUGUGGUUACUGAGCUGAGUGCUUCGGCUUAGAGUGCUGAGUUGUCUGUCUUUUUCCAGCAUGAAAGGGGAGACCCCUGUCAACAGCACUAUGAGCAUUGGCCAAGCACGCAAGAUGGUGGAACAGCUUAAGAUUGAGGCCAGCUUGUGCCGGAUAAAGGUGUCCAAGGCAGCAGCAGACCUGAUGACUUACUGUGAUGCCCACGCUUGUGAGGACCCCCUCAUCACUCCUGUGCCCACUUCGGAGAACCCCUUCCGGGAGAAGAAGUUCUUCUGUGCCCUCCUCUGAAGAGCGUUGCCCCUCCUCUUAACUCCUCAGCUCCCUCCCCGAGGCCCGCCCUUAGAUCAGAAAUUGUAGCAGUCUGAUUCCACCCGUACCUACCCUGAGGUUAUCUGAAGCACAAGGCUCUCCUUACCCAUGCCUGCCCCUUUUCCUCACCCUCUGAGGCCGACUCCAAGCACCUUUUAACUCUAUCCACAGAAGGACCCUGCUAAACUACUAGAAUCCUGCUUGUUUCCCUCUGUGAUCCAUCCGUUCAGGCAGUGGAGAGGGGGAUACCCGGGUGCUUGCUCUAAGCCUCACCUGGAGCUAUUGGAAAGAUAAAGGCAUUUGAAGAAUAAAGUCAUCAAGAGCCUCAGAAGACAGCGCCUAAGUUAGCGUUCUUGGUAAAGAAGAUUCCUAGUCGAUACACUUGCCAUACCAGGGAACAGGGCCAGUCGAGCCGGUUAGACAUUAUAAGGGCUGGAGACCGCCGGGCGGGAGGCGCGCGAGCGCCCCCAGUGGGGGGUUGUUGAACGAGCGCUCAGAAACCGCGGAGCAUUCACACAGGCGCGCAACGAAAGCACCGAGAACCUCUCUUCGCACCCCGAGUAUGGUGGGUUUCCGCGGGCCCAGGGAUAGCAGCCCCGGGUGGAGGUGCUCUGAACCGAGGGGCGGGACAGGGCGACUCAGCGCCCGCAGCCGAUGUCCAAGAUGGCGGCUGCCUGUGCG